AUGACUGAUCCCGUCAUUGCAGAAAACCAACUUGUCUCCAGAGAAGCCUUUGUCUCUGUGUUUGAUUCUCGAAACGCACAACACAGGCCGCAGCUACGUACAAUGCAGAGUCUCACGGAGCCGCGCAAGUCAUCUCCCGAACAUGAACCUCCCAUUUUCCGAGCUCCGACCCUGUCGCAGAGGUCUCUCAGAAAAGCAAAGUCUGGUGUUCUAGCCAUCAAAGCUGGUCUGUUACAUCGCCUGUCUCGUCCAAGCAGUGAAGGCCCGCAUCAUGAGGCCGAGGCAAUGGACGACGAGGUCGCAGGGAAUACUUUGCACGAGGGCCCAGAGGGCGAAACCAAUCUGGAAACCGCCAAGCGAGAUCACAUCAAGUCUCUGCCAAAACCUAAGCCUAUCUCUGGGCACUCAGAUGCUUCUGUUCCAUCGGUCCCGAGAAAAGUCUCGUUCUCAAAAAACAGCACUAUGGUGAGACCAGUGCGACCAUCGAAAUUGCAAAAGCCCGAGCAAGUGGCUCCGGUCGAUGAGGAAUCGACAGAUCCCCAGUUCCCAGGUGAAAUAAGCGAGCUGCGUGACCAUUCCUCUGAAGCACAUUCAGAAGCAGGAUCAGACGCGACUAGUGCGGAAAUUGCCAGAAAACGCAGUAAUACCUUGUCGAGUACCUCCGAUAAUUCGGGAUCUCCUGUGCGUAAUUUUGAAGAGCUCCCAAUUUUGAUACUGGACGGCAAGAAGGGAAUCUACAGCAAAAAUGGCUCGUCCUAUGACCUUCUUAUGGAUCGCGAGGAGCUUCGUGAAAUGAGCCCGGAGAAACUGAGAAAUUAUCGAGAUGCAUUGAGCAUUGUGUUCGAUGACAGGAACGAGAUGAAAGAAAGAUGGAAGGAGUUUGAGGAGGCCUUCUCGCUGCCCGACUAUGACACUCCCAGUCUAGCCGGCUCAGAAGUUGACCAACCGAUGGAGCCUAUGGAGGAAACGCAAAAGCACACAGCUUCGGUUUUGCAGUACGAAUCUGCGACAAUGGAGGAUGUAAGAAGCCGUGAGAACAAUGAUGAGACUUCGAAGAAGGAAAAGAGUCAUCUUGUGCUGGGACUCAGAUUUCCAAACAGGCCCGAAGGUCUCGAAGAGAUCAACCAAUGGGUUAGGGAAAAACGAGCUCGAGGGCUUGAGAUUGAGUUAUUCCCAGUAAGCGAAGACAGCAUUGUGUGGGAGGGUGAGCUCAUGCCCUCAGUUCGCUCGAUGAGCGAACUAUGCGACCGAGACAGAGAGAACCAUGCGUACCGCGGCAAUGAGGCUGUCUUGGAUCACUCUGGCAUGGCCCGCGCUGAAGGUGAGAGCUUCGAGACUGCCAAUAAAGCCCGAUGGAACCGGGAGGCGCCCGCGGCUCAUAUGACAUCGAUGCGACCUGAACAGGGUCAGGAUCCCGUCGCUGCUUCAAACUAUUCCAGAUCGUUACCUGCGAGUACGCAGGCAGCCUUUCUCGAAAAAGUAAGAUUUUCGGAGGCGUCUCAGUUCCCGAUUGGGAAGGUUUUCAGACCUGUUGAUCACGGACCGUGGACUUAUGGUGACGGCUACGACGAGAAAUCUUCCUCAAUCUCCAAGAGCAAUGAUGACGAUAUCUCUGGUCAUUCUUCUACCCCAACUCAGCCCAUCCCGAUUUCUGCUACUCAUUGGUCUUUGCUGGACUCCCGGUUUGACGAAGAAACCGCGUCCAAAGCGACUGGCACUGAUGAAUCGUCAAUCGCGGAUGAAAAUAUGAGUGCGUACGACCAGAACUUGGAGAUUUCAGCCAGGCAGGAGGACGACUCUUUUCUGAACGAGGAUGUACAUGCUGGCUUUUCUCUCAAUUCUGAGCACCAGCACACCCGGUCUCCUCACGCAAAUGAGAAAAGCUCGGAAUCACCUGUUGGAGGUUUCUCGCGUGAAGUUUUUCUGAAACCCAAACGAACAGAGAAAGAGAUCUUGAGCGAGCAAGAUCAGUCAAAGCACUGA